ACCGGUUCUCUUCUGUAUUCGUAGGUACAGGCCUAGGCGAAUUGUUAGUUCAAGUAAUUUAGUAUCAUGUAUGUAUAACAAAGGAGACAAAGUAGUACUACCACCGCUGACAAUGAAUGAUUUUCUGGAAGAUAUAAAAAUUGCUCUGGAAUGUGCAAUUUGUUUUGAGAGGUUACAACAGCCGAAGUCGUUAAGCUGUCUUCAUACAUUCUGUUUGGGUUGCCUUCAAAACUGGGUGAAAAAACAAGGACAAUUAGUGUGCCCAACAUGCAGACAAUCCCAGAUGAUUCCUGAGGGUGGGCUACAAAAGCUUUAUCCUAACAUAUUUGUAAAUAAUAUGCUGGAUUGUUUUGAGAAAGUAGAGAAUGCAGGAAACACAAAGUGCUUUUGUUGCCAACAAACCAACACAGAAUUUUAUUGCCAACAAUGCAGAAUUUCCUUAUGCUCCGUUUGUGUUCAACAACAUAAGAUUUUACCAGCACUCGUUAGCCACACAUUACAUCCCAUGAAAGACAUCAAGACGAUGACAUUGCAGCAGUUUUCAUCUCUCCACCCAGCGUUAUGCCCUGAACACGAAGAACCUCUGAAUUAUUAUUGUACGAAAUGCGAGACCGCUAUAUGCAUUCACUGCACUAUUAUUAAACAUCAAAAUAAAGAUGGCAGCCAUCAUUAUAUUGAUAUAUCUGAAGCAUUCGAUAAAUUCAAACAAAAGGCUGCUAAAAUUGAACCGGCAGUUGCAAACUUCAUAAAUAAAAUAGAGAAUAGCCAGAAAACUCUCAAACUUUGUCUCGAAACAUUAACUAAACAUAAGGCUAUGUGUGAACAAGAAAUUGACCAAUUGGUAGAAGAAGCUAUAGAAAUUGUCAACGAACACGGUAUAAAAUUGAAAGAAAAUGCGGAUUUUAUUUUUGAGCAGAAGAAACGCACAAUUGAAAGUCAGGAUAAUGAACUAAUGACUCUUCUGAAAAAAGUAACAAGAACACAAAAUUUUAUUUCACAGCUAAUGAAGAGCGAUGCAGCUACAGCCAUGGAAUCAUGCGAUAAAGCAAUUGUAAAAAUAAAGAAACACAUUGAAAACCUGCCAGAUAUAAAACAACAAGGCAAUAGUGAUGUAACUGUUUGUAAAGAAAGGACACAACUUUUCGCCUUGAGAGAGAAGGGAAUCGGUGUCAUUAAAACCAACGACGACCCUUUUUUGAAAAACAGAAGCGAUGAAGCAGCAGCAGUGAAAGCAUGCGAUAAAGCGAUUGCGGUAUUAGAUGAUAAUGAUGGAGGUGUUGAUAAUAAUGGUGAUGAUGUUGUUGAUGAUGAUCCUGAUAAUGAUGCUACUUAUAGAGAUGAUCAUGAUGAUGAUAAUGAGAACCGCUUCAUCGCCAUGAAAACUAAAGCAAAGGUACCGGUAAGAAAGGAAGACGUCACUUCUGGGCGGGAGGACAAUUUUGAAAUCGCAUCUAGUGACCCUUUCACUGUUACGCCGGGGCAAAUAUGUAAAGUGAAAAUUAUUCAAAACCAUUGUGUGAUGGAUUCCAAGCCACUUAAAGCCAGUCUUAAACAUUCCACAGGAGCCAUUGUUGAUGUGGUGGUUCAAAAGAUAAAUGGUAACGAUUAUAUUGCCAAGUGCUAUAGUAAAAAUGUAGGUGUAGCAUAUGUUAAUGUUUAUGCCGAGGGAAAGCAAAUACGGGGAUCACCUGUUCACAUAAGAGUAGUUCCAGGAAGAUUGGCGACAAUGACUAAUUUUCCAGACAUCGAGCCGUAUAUAUGGCAUCAGAAAACAAGGGUAAUGGAUAUUGCAAUUAGUGGUGAAUACAUAUUCGUCGCAGGCUGUAGCAACGAAGUUGUCCGGUUUCAAUUAUGUGGGAUAUAUGAAGAUAGAAUAUUUUUGCCCAAAGGUACUAAAGUAAAUAGAAUGUAUUGUAUUAAACAAAGUGGUGACUUGUUGAUAAGUGAUGGGGGAAAAACGUGUGUUCUUGUGCAUUCCACUUCCAAUAAGAAUGAUACCUUACAGUGGAAUGGGUUAAGAGAACCAUACGGACUAACAAUGGACGAAUCAAAACCGAACGAACUUAUAUAUGUUGCAGACAGAAAAGCGCACUGUAUAUUCAUCUAUCAUCUACGUAAUCGUGAGUUAGUUAAAAUUGUUGGAUGUCAGGGCAGCACUAACUUGCAUCAUAUGGAGAGACCUCAUGAUGUCGUAAUCACUAAAGAAGGGAACAUAUUAGUGGCUGAUUAUGGAAAUAGUAGAUUGCUAUUAUUAACAAGUGGUGGAUUUCCUUUGAAACAACUUCUGAAAGGAGAAAUAUACCACCCUCGUUCAAUCUUAACUGACAAGGACAACAACAUAAUCGUUGCAAGCACCUCAGAGCUGAGCGUUUGUAACAAUACAGGAAAGGAUCUUAAAAGAAUCAUUAGGUCAACAGAAGAACUCGAAGGGUUAACAAUAUGGCCAUGCGAUCAAAGAAGCAUCGCAGUUGCGGACUAUAGAAACAACAAAAUCCAAAUAUUCAACAAUUACUAAUAGCAGUUACGAAUUUAAUUGUUUAUACAGUGUGUAUUAUUAUGCUUUAUACGUUAAAACAAGGAUCUUGAAAACAAUUCGUUGUUUAACGGGGAGCCAAUGAAGGGCCAGGAUCAUGAGAGUAAUAUGAUGACGGCGUUGCGUAAGCGUACAUACACGAGCUGCAGAAUUUUGUAUUUUUGAAGCCCGUAAAGAGAAGAGGGCAGCCGAAGCUGAUUUUUUGUCAAGGUACUCUCUGAUUCGGUGAUAUUUCGAAGAUAGUAAUUAUAUGAUUUGCAGAUACAACUGAUAUGCUGCUAAAAAAAUGAGGGAUUGUUCCAAUAUCACACCGACAUUACGAACUAAUGUUGCAGAUUUAAUUUCAACUGUAUUUUGUUUAAGCGAUGGAAAAUGAUUCGGUAAUAAAGUAAAUUUUGAGUGAAAUAUCAUAAAUGCAAUUCUUCUUAGGAUUAGGUUUUAACAAGUUAUAUGACAUGCAUGAUUCAAUUUCAUAAAAACAGUUUUGAAGAUUAAAAACAGAAAGCUGAUUAGAUAAGUUGAAGGGAAGAUAUAAUAGGAAGAAAAAUAAUAUGUAUUCAGUAGGGAAAAAAAUUAUAAUUGAUUGAUUUUCAUUGUGUGAAAAGUUUAAAUGGUUUACUUCAUAUUUUGUUUUAAAAAAAGGUCUUAAUAUAUAUGAAUAUAUCUUAAUAUAACGGACACCUCCACUGCCAAAGUCCACAGUCGGACAAGAAUACCUCUCGUUACCUGCAGUAAACCAAAACAAGUAUCGUUCCAACAAAACGUUAACUUUGCUAAAUGUAUUAUUAAUUUGUUAGUCUCACUGAAACUGUUAUGUUUUGUCUACCUACAUAUAACUCCACCUAUCGGGCCAUUUUCUGAGUCAACACGUAGAGCCAAGUUGUGAUAAAUGAAGUUAAAUAAUUAACAUUACUCAGAUAGUUGAUUGAGAUCAAGUUGCAACUGCCUAUGAUUAUCCUCUACUUUCCCAAACAGGUUUUAUCAUCAACAUAUAUAUUGUGUAUGUCCUAUUGUAUUUGAACAAGUUGCAUUAUUGAUCAUAAUUUGAUUUGGAGCUUUACCGGUUAGAUUAGUAGGCUCGAGUCAUAAUUGGACACUUUGUCGUUGUAUUGCACAGAUUAAAGACGGUUAUUUAAGAAAUCACUAUCGCCCGUAUUCUUACAACGAACUUUAGUCGAACUUUAAACUAGAACUUCAUUUAGUCUUAGUUUGCAACUUUAACUUUUAUUUGUCAAGUUCUAGUUUUAAUCCAGCUGAAGACGGCUGGCAUGCAACGACUAUCAAACUAAUGAAAAGAACUCGUAUUUAGAGAUCCGGUAACGCGGAUAAAUAUUAAGCCGCCGUCUGCCGUUCAAAAACAUAUUUCCUCAUAAUUCAUAAUAGAUAAUCAUUCGAUUAAUUGAUUUUCUAUAAUAAUAACUACCGUAUCUUAAUCGUUAGAGAAAUUUCGCUUUCUUUGGAGAAAUAUUAUAGUUGAGCCCGAGCGAGGGCGGUGCCAUCUUUGUUGUUACGGUGAAGCUACGUGACCGCAACGUAAGGAUAUCGUGCAAAUCACGUAACUAUCGCAUACCUAUAGCAAAUCAGGUUACUUUCACAUUUUGAAGUCGACGAAAUAUAGCCUGACCCUAGACUGAGUAAAAAAAUUGGCCUCCAGAGGUAUCAUUUUAGUUGAGUUUUAACUCCAACUACGACUAAAGUUCGUUUUAAGAAUACCGGGGUAAUCCAUACUUCCAGGUAUUGGUCACAAGUUUAUAAAGCCAACAUGGAAUCACUAACAAAAGCCCAGUUUUUUUCUUAGUUGUUUUUGACGAACCUUUAGACUUCAAAAGAGGAACUUGAAGGGUUAACGAUAUGGCCAUGCGGCAAGUGUGUGGGGAUGUUAUAGUUGUUGAGUUCAUAUAUAAUACAUGACCUAUCUAAAUAUUUCAGCGAUCGUUGGCUUCAGUUAAGCCUACUGCUUUUUAUUGUAGCAAGGAGUGUUCCAGUACAGUUCUGUACAGGGUAAUUGAUAUUCCUGAGAGAAUAGAACGUCCAUAAUGAAAAUUGUGUCAUCUGCUCAAUGAAGAGUUCACUGCACAUAACACAGAAAAUGAGUAGUAACUUGAACCUCUUUUGUCACAAACCCCACCUCGGUUUGAUUAGCGAACGAGACAUUCUAGGCUUUAGAAUCGAUCAUCCACAUAUUCCGAUUUUUUGUUUGAAAGGUAAAUACAGUGGUUACAUUUCUUUGAUGAUUUAUUAUAAUUUAACAGUGUUAACGGCUUGAUUUUGAUUUCUUGAUCUUGAUUUAUAUUCGAAAUAGUUGCAUCUGGUUUGAUUAAUAUUAUUAUAGCAGUGUUGAGAAAAUUCAAAUCAGCUUCUGCUUUGCAUGAUUUCUUGAGUACGGUAGCUCUUCUAACUUUCUCAAUUCCGAAUUUCUAACUUCACCGUUACAGCUUAAAUCAUGAAAAGUAGGACACAAAUUUCGUUUAUUUGUAAACACAUUUCUUCUGUUUCCCCAGGCAUCAUCAGUGCUAACUAGAAACAAUUACUGCCCAAACAAUUGCUUAUAUACAGCCUGAAUACUGAAUGAUCAUCAGCUCAGAUGUGUUACGUGACACGUAGACUAAAUGUUGUUUGUUGCCACGUAUAGAAAAGUAAUGCUUUUAUCAUAUUGGACCAAUUGUAAUUAUGGCGUGUUUAGUCCUUGUUUGUUGCCACGUAGCCUAGCUUCGAUCUUUUUGUUCUAUUAUUUAUGACUUAAGCUGUAACAGUGAAGUUAGCAAGUCAGAAUUGAGAAAAAUAGAACAGCUUCAAGAAAAUCAUGCAAAGCAUAAGCUGAUUGGAGAUUCGAGAGCACUGCUUAGAAAAAAUAUUGGCGUGGCGCUUUCUAUGGCCGUUCCCAUGUUUAUUUCACGUAUUUCUGUAGGCUGGGCCUAUCAAAGGUCGGAUCAUCGUAAACGUUUAUAAAGAAAUACCUGUGUCUUACAUUGUGUUAUUUAUUCAUUGUAACACUGUAUACAUUGUAUUUAAACGGAUUGUUUUUCGAAGUGCUUUAUUACACACUGGGUAUAUAAUACUCUCCAUUAUUCGAGAGCUGCCCCUUAAUGAAAAAAAAAAAACAAAAAAAAAACAUCAGGCGGAGCUUAACAAUAGGAGAAGGUUGUUGCUUGGGUACAGGGAUAGCAUUUGUUGCUUUCCAUUGCGUAGACUCUAGAGGCUUCAAAAUGAACUUUAGCAGUGGCGUAACGAUGAGUUAUGGGGCCCCGAGGGCAAAAUAUGUUGUGUCUGAGGUGUGAAUAAUGUCUGACAAAAAAUAAAUAGUAUUUUUUUAGUAUUUAAUAUUGGGCGAAGCCUCUUUGAAGCUCAAUCAAUCGUUUUAUUUAUAGGCCUAUAUGCCUAUGUUUUUAAUGCACAAUUCAAACAUUAAAGAUAGGUUUGCUAAUUUUAAACACACACUUGCGUAGAACUUUGGGUAGUAUAUGUAAUUAGGGCCGGCUUACAGUAAAUGUUAUUCUUACUUAGGUUGCUGUAAAUUUGUCAGGGAAUGAACUGAGGUGGCACAAAGGUGGAAUACAUUUCAAUUGGGUCAUUUAGUAAAUUAAAAAAAAAUGGUAAGUUUAAUAUUGGUAGUGUCAGCGUAGGGAUCGCAAAAUCAACGUAGGGAUUUCAAUGUAAAUUUUUUUUGUAGGAUUUUAAAUUUCUAGUGCCACUCCAAGAUCUGGUUGGAAUAGGGAUAGGCUUGUUUGUCUUAGGUCAAGCGUAAAGGGUAUGACCGUUUCAGAUAGUAUGGUGACAAUCUCUUUCAUUUUUUAAGUGUUUUUUUAAAGCGUUUCAUUACCAAUAGCAAAUUGAAAUUGUCUAGCCUUAGUGAGAUAUUAAUUCUACCCAUGACUUAUCCAUUAUAUGAUAUUUGAAGAUUCUAGAAGGGGAAUAGUUUAAAUAGCAUUACUGUAAUAAUAAUACCACAAAGUAAAUAA